CCCAGCAGCCGCAGUUUUGCAAGAGGCGGGAAGAAACUUAAGGAUGCUUAAAUUUCCACUGUGGAACGAAUUCUGAGCACCGGGAGAGCAGCGCCGCGCGCGACCGAUACCCACCUGUCGGGCCCCGAAGCUUUGCAGGCUGGAGGGCGGCUGGCGAGCUGCGGCGCCCGGCAGCGAGGCGGGCGCUGCCGGCCGGGACUCCGGCAGUGCCCACCAACCGCUCCGCCCCGGGACCGCCAGCAUGAGCAAGCCGGCAGGAUCAACAAGCCGCAUUUUAGAUAUCCCCUGCAAAGUGUGUGGUGACCGCAGCUCGGGGAAACACUACGGGGUCUACGCUUGCGACGGCUGCUCGGGGUUUUUCAAGAGGAGUAUCCGAAGGAAUAGGACAUAUGUCUGCAAAUCUGGAAACCAGGGAGGCUGCCCGGUAGACAAGACACACAGGAACCAGUGCAGGGCGUGUCGGCUGAAGAAGUGUUUGGAAGUCAACAUGAACAAAGAUGCUGUGCAGCACGAGAGGGGUCCUCGGACAUCCACCAUUCGCAAACAGGUGGCCCUCUACUUUCGUGGACACAAGGAGGAGAACGGGGCAGCCACGCACUUCCCGUCUGCUGCUCUGCCAGCUCCCGCCUUCUUCACCGCGGUCACACAGCUGGAGCCGCACAGCCUGGAGCUGGCCGCAGUGUCCGCCACUCCAGAGCGUCAGACCCUCGUGAGCCUGGCUCAGCCCACUCCCAAGUACCCCCACGAAGUGAAUGGUACCCCAAUGUAUCUCUAUGAAGUAGCCACAGAGUCAGUAUGUGAAUCAGCUGCCAGGCUUCUUUUUAUGAGCAUCAAGUGGGCUAAGAGUGUGCCAGCUUUUUCCACGCUGUCUUUGCAAGACCAGCUGAUGCUUUUGGAAGAUGCUUGGAGAGAACUGUUUGUUCUAGGAAUAGCACAAUGGGCCAUUCCGGUUGAUGCUAACACUCUACUGGCUGUAUCUGGCAUGAAUGGUGACAACACAGAUUCCCAGAAGCUGAACAAGAUCAUAUCUGAAAUACAGGCUUUACAAGAGGUGGUGGCUCGGUUUAGACAGCUCCGGUUAGACGCUACUGAAUUUGCCUGUCUGAAAUGCAUUGUCACUUUCAAAGCUGUUCCUACACACAGUGGUUCUGAACUGAGAAGUUUCCGGAAUGCUGCCGCCAUUGCAGCUCUUCAAGAUGAGGCUCAGCUAACUCUCAACAGCUACAUCCAUACCAGAUACCCCACGCAGCCUUGCCGCUUUGGAAAACUCCUGUUGCUUUUGCCAGCUUUACGUUCUAUCAGCCCAUCAACCAUAGAAGAAGUGUUUUUCAAAAAAACCAUCGGCAACGUGCCAAUUACAAGACUGCUUUCAGAUAUGUACAAAUCCAGUGAUAUAUAAGCUCUCAAAGUACCCACUUUUCAGGAUGGGACAGUAUCAGAUGAACUUCUACCCGUGGAGAACAAGCCUCAACUAACAAACCCUUCAGGAAGCAGAAACCUGGGAAUGUGUAGCCUUCAGGAAAAAAAUGCCAACUGACACACAACAGUUCCAGUAGCUAAGACCUGCUGCCUCCACCAGGGCAGGGCAGCCAGGAAGGAAAGGGGGUGCAAGAGGACUGUGUGGCAGGAAGUCACAGCUGCUGUGCCCUGGGAGGGGAAAACUGG